AUGGCAAACCGCCCGGUGGUCGAGUUCUAUUUCUCCUUCAUUUCGCUAUGGUCGUACAUCGGAAGCCGCCGGUUUCAGCAACUGGCAAAGGAGACAAAUGCACACAUCAUCUACAAACCAGUUGAUCUUCUGUACAUUUUCUCAAUAUCCGGCGGGCUGCCCGUGAAGCAACGCUCGGGGCAGCGCCAAGCUUAUCGUCUCCUUGAGAUGGAGCGCUGGCGGAAAAUUCGAAACAUUCCGAUCGUUCAGCAACCAAAGUUCUAUCCAGCAGAUCCGUCGCUUGCGCACCGUGUUCUCCUAGCGGCUAUCGAAGAGGAAGGAUCGGACAGUGUGCGAGUCCAGGAAUUUGCACACAAAGGGAUGGAGGCAGUCUGGGCGAAAGAGCUGGAUAUCGCCGACGCCGACACUAUUGCCCAGUUGGCAGACGAGGCGGGUCUUGAGGGAAAUCGCUUGUUGGAGAGGGCCCAGAGUGAGGAUCUCUUGGUGACGAAGGAAUUGGGUUCCAUCGAAGAAGCCAAGUCGAAGAAUGUCUUCGGUGCUCCCUUUUAUUUUCUGGGAGAUGAAGGAUUCUGGGGGCAAGACCGGUUGGAGAUGCUCGAAGAAGUAAUCCGAUCGGGAAGAGACCCAAUCAAUAUUCAGGCUUGA